ACGGCAGAAGAAUAGACAGCAAUUCCUGAUCUUCCAGAUCUCAAGACUUCAUAACUUGGGCUUGAGGAAACUGGGGAAGGAGGAACAGAUUACUACAUCAAGUGACCGGAGGUAUAGAAGUCCUGUUGCUCAGCUUUUUACCCCAGAUUUCCUUUGUACAUUUUCUCCGGACCACUUCCACGCACCUCACCAGUCUAAUGACACAGUUAGCACAGACCAAGCAGAAAUGACAGUGACUUACUCCCGUCGAGUGGCUGAUGCAGGUCUGGGCACGUUCUUUCACCUGCUCCUGCGUUGGAAGGGCAGCAUCUACAAACUGCUGUACAGGGAGCUCAUCAUCUUCACCAUCCUCUACUACUUCUUCAGUGUGGUGUACAGAAAUAUACUCAAUGAUGACCAAAAGAGGCAGUUUGAAAAGCUGUCAAUAUACUGCGACCGCUAUGCAGAGCUCAUCCCCGUGUCCUUUGUGCUCGGUUUUUAUGUGACAUUGGUGGUGUCCCGUUGGUGGGGUCAGUAUGAGAACAUCCCAUGGCCGGACAGGUUGGCAGCAUUAGUGGGGGCUCAUGUGCGCGGAGCAGACGAGAUGUCCAAACUGACCCGUCGUACUCUGAUGCGAUAUGCCAACCUUUCCGGUGUGCUGACCUACCGCUCUGUCAGCACUGCUGUUUACAAGAGGUUUCCCACCAUGGAGCACCUUGUCCAGGCAGGUUUGAUGACCUCAGACGAGCUGAGGCAUUUGGACAGCCUACCAUCUCCUCAUAACAAGUUCUGGGUUCCCUGUAUGUGGUUUGUUAAUCUGGCUCUGAGAGCUCGAACUGAAGGACGAAUAAACAAUGACGUGGCACUCACUGCCAUUCUCACAGAGUUGAAUAGUUUGCGAGGAAAAUGCAUGAAGCUGUAUGGUUACGACUGGAUCAGCCUGCCUCUUGUCUAUACUCAGGUUGCAACAGUUGCAGUGUACAGUUUCUUCCUGGCGUGUCUCAUUGGUCGUCAAUUUUUGGAUCCAGCUCAAGGUUAUCCUGGACAUGACAUUGACUUUUAUCUGCCCAUCUUCACUCUGCUGCAGUUUUUCUUCUAUGUUGGUUGGCUCAAGGUGGCUGAGCAACUCAUAAAUCCUUUUGGUGAGGAUGAUGAUGACUUUGAAACCAACUGGGUGGUAGAUCGAAAUUUGCAGGUGUCCUUGUUGUCAGUGGAUGAGAUGUAUGACAGUCUCCCAUUGGUUGAGAAAGACAUGUACUGGAAUGAGACCGAGCCUCAGCCUCCGUACACAGCUGCCAGCGCUGAACACCGAAAACCCUCUUUCAUGGGCUCAGCUUUGGAUAUCAGUGUUCCAAAGGAGGAGAUGGAGUUUCAGUCCAACCUGGAGCAGAUUAAGGAAAAUGAAGAGACUAACUACUCCACCCCACUUUUGGGAGGGUUGGGUCGCCUGCUUGGAGUCCAAUCUCCUAAUUUCCCUCGCUCUUCUCGGGUGUCUCUUUUACGCAGACGUCCUGGAGCUCCUUUAAGCCGCUUCCCCCUGUAUCUGCACCCAGAAGCCCCUUCUACUCCAGGCCAAGGCCGCCACCUUUUGAACCCAGAGUCUGAGUUUGCGCUUUCUGCUUUGCCCCCAUUUGACAGAUCUGGUUUUUACAGCUGUCCUCAGACACCCAUCCACUGUGUGCCUCCUGCUUUUCCCCGUCCUAGACCUGCCAGAAGAGCUCAGAAUGAAUGGGAUCGUAGCUGUAACUCUCUUGCCCCUCCAGUACAGGGCUCACAGCAAGUACCUCCAGACACACCAAACCACGCCUUACAACCGCCAUCUUCUGCUUUUCCCUGGCUUGGAGGGGACAGUGAAGUACCAAGUGGUCCAGCUUUCUCCUUCCCUGAUCCUGCCCCAGAACUUAGCCCUAUAUCUAAAAUCAGACAUGGCUUAUUGUCUCGCAGACCACCUGCGAGACUCACCUUAGACACUGCCACACCUAUGGAUAUCCAGACAGCCCCUUCCAGUGCCCGCACCACUGGUAGUGAAAGAGUGUUCUCAUUCACCCCUCCUUCACGCAGUGCAAAUCCAAGUAAUCCAAGUAGUAGCACCACCAGCAUCAAUGCAGCCAUCAGCAACAGUGCAGGCACAACAGGAAGUCUCUGUAAUGGCACAAAUCACAGUAGUUUUAAUAACAGCUUUAGCAGCAACAUGAGGGCAAGCAACGGGGGUGCCAAUGGUGGCUUAAGCAAUAUUGUGAACACAGUUUCCAGUGCGCAGCAAGAAGCCAACCAACAAAACUCACCAAAUGAUUCAGGGAUUUCAUUGGCUGAUGGGGACUUGUUGGGUGUUUUAGUGGACAAUGGGGUGAACAAGGCCGGGGCAAAGGAGCGGGAAUGAGAGGCACAGACACAGACUGUUUUUGCCUCACAUGUAGCUUUCAAAAUAUCACAAACUGGAUGUGGAGACUGCUGAAACACAAGGCAGACAUGAAAAGUGUUAAACUAGAGUUAAUCACUUCCUGAUUAACUUGUGAAAAAGCACCUUACAAGGAUAAACCAGAGACAUAGAAACCAUUCACCAUAAAGUGUGCAGUGGCAGAAGGAAAAUGUAAUUUUGCUACAAAUAUUUGCAUAAUUGCUGUAAAUGUCUAAUAACAGAGC